AUGAUAUUGCGGCGUGAUGGUGUUACUGUGGCUAGGCAAUUGCCUUUCUCCAUUGCCACGAAGGCUCCCCCAGUAUGCCCAAUGUGGCUGCUGGUUUUGGGUCUAAGAGGUUCUCCUUUGCCGCGAUGGAUAACGACGUGGAUGGCACUUACACGACCCGUUAUCCUGCGUUGGCCUUUUGCACCGUUCUGUGCCGCCUUCUUCCAUCACCUUCCACUUUCCUACCUUCUUGCUCACAGUAGUCGAGAGACCAUGGGCACAAGUCUAUCUCCCUUCCUUCUCUUACGAAAGCACUGA